AUGCCUCGAAACGACGACAUCCGUUUCGUUUCUUCUUCCAUCAAAAUCCCUCUUCCUUCCAAACCCCUAGCCACUCCUUUCAAAACCGCACAUUCUCACUUCACCAACGCAACCAACUCGUUCUCUCAACUCAUUCACUCGUUCAGAACUCACUCCACCGAGUUAACUCGCUCCGUGCUUCGAAAAUCACAUUCUCUAUGUUCGGCGACGUUGUCACUCACCGACGAGAGAAAAGGCUUGUCUCUUUCUCCGGCGGAGGAGAUUCAGUUGAAAACUCGACAGAAUGAGGAGAGAGUUUUAAUCAGUGAAGUGUUGGUUCGAAACAAAGACGGCGAAGAACUCGAGAGGAAGGACCUGGAAGCAGAAGCGGCUCAGGCUCUCAAAGCCUGUCGACCUAAUUCGGCUCUCACGGUUCGCGAGGUGCAGGAUGAUGUUCAUCGGAUUAUCAAUAGUGGAUACUUUUGUUCGUGCGUUCCGGUUGCAGUUGAUACGCGUGAUGGUAUUCGAUUGGUGUUUCAGGUAGAACCAAAUCAAGAGUUCCAAGGAUUGGUAUGUGAAGGAGCCAAUGUUAUUCCGGCCAAGUUUUUGGAGAACUCUUUUCGGAAUGGACAUGGGAAAGUUAUCAAUUUGAGGCGUUUGGAUGAGGCUAUAUCUUCUAUUAAUAACUGGUAUAUGGAGCGUGGUCUUUUUGCCAUGGUAUCAGCUGUUGAGAUUCUAUCUGGGGGUAUCCUGAGAUUACAAGUUUCAGAAGCUGAGGUCAAUAAUAUUUCCGUACGGUUUCUUGACAGGAAGACGGGUGAGACUACUGUUGGGAAGACAAAACCUGAAACAAUACUACGGCAAAUUACAACCAAGAAGGGGCAGGUCUACAGCAUGCAUCAGGGAAAAAGAGAUGUAGAAACUGUAUUAACAAUGGGGAUAAUGGAAGAUGUUAGCAUUAUUCCCCAACCGGCAGAUACAGGGAAGGUUGAUUUAGUGAUGAAUGUGGUGGAACGUCCUAGUGGAGGAUUUUCUGCUGGUGGCGGGAUAUCAAGUGGGAUUACAAGUGGUCCACUCAGAGGACUUAUUGGAAGCUUUGCGUAUUCUCAUAGGAAUGUUUUUGGGAGAAAUCAGAAACUCAAUGUUUCCUUAGAGAGAGGCCAGGUUGACUUAAUCAUUCGUGCAAACUACACUGACCCUUGGAUCCAAGGAGAUGAUAAGCGAACAUCUAGAACAAUAAUGAUUCAGAAUUCAAGAACGCCCGGGACAAUUGUUCAUGGUAACCAGGAUGGUAACAGUAACCUGACCAUUGGCCGCAUCACAGGUGGCAUAGAGUUGGGUCGACCCAUUAGGCCAAAGUGGAGUGGAACAGCAGGACUGAUUUUCCAGCGCGCCGGAGUCAGUGACAACAAUGGUGUUCCUAUCAUUAGAGAUCGUUACAAUAGUCCUCUUACUGCAAGUGGCAAUACCCAUGAUGAUACACUGCUUGCUAAAAUUGAGACUGUUUACACUGGUUCUGGUGAACACGGGUCGUCUAUGUUUGUCCUAAACAUGGAGCAGGGGCUUCCUGUUUUGCCUGAUUGGUUAUCCUUCACUAGGGUGAAUGCACGGGCUAGGAAGGGUGUUGAGAUCGGUCCUGCUCGUUUUAAUUUAAGUUUCGCCGGGGGCCAUGUGGUAGGCAAUUUCUCUCCCUAUGAAGCUUUUGCCAUUGGUGGAACUAAUAGCGUGAGAGGCUAUGAAGAAGGUGGUGUGGGCUCUGGUCGAUCAUAUGUUGUUGGCUCCGGAGAAAUUUCUUUCCCUAUGAUACGGCCAGUAGAAGGUGUCAUAUUUUCUGACUAUGGAACUGAUCUUGGAUCUGGCUUUACUGUCCCUGGCGACCCUGCUGGAGCAAGGAAUAAGCCUGGAAGCGGAUAUGGGUAUGGGUUGGGCAUCCGUGUUGAUUCACCUUUGGGUCCUUUGCGCCUUGAAUAUGCCUUUAAUGACCAGCAAGAGAAGAGGUUUCACUUUGGGGUUGGCUAUAGAAACUAA